AUGGAUAACUAUUUAGGCAUCCAGUUCUACGGCACCAUUUAUGUGGGCACCCCCGCGAAGGAGUUCAAAGUUGUAUUCGACACCGGCAGCAGCGAAAUGUGGCUUCCCACUGAAAAAACGAAUAUGUGCGGCUCAAAGCAAUGCUACAGCUCACAGAAGAGUACCAGUUCAACUCCAGAUGGGCGUGAGUUCUCUGCAAAAUAUCUUAGCGGUUCUGUAGCGGGUGUUUUCGUAAAGGAUACGGUCCGCCUUGGUUCGUUCUCCACCGAACAGAUCUUUGCAGAGGUGGACGAUGUUUCUGGGCUAGGCAAAAUGUACGUCUUUUUAGGGUGGGAUGGCAUCAUGGGGAUGGCAUUACCUUCCCUCUCUAAGUACAACAUUAGACCCACGAUAUUUUCGCUGUUUGACGAUAACACGAACCUGGCAAAACAGUUCGCCUUUUAUUUGCCUAAGGAUCCGGAUAUGGAGGGUGAGCUUGUACUCGGUGGGUAUGAUCCUGACCAUUUUUAUGAUGACCUCAUUUCUGUAAAGCUCACAUCUGACACUCACUGGACCUUCGACAUCACCUCUGUGAAGUUUGGCAUCACCGAGAUUAGCGGCAAGGUAGCGGGUGCUAUUGACUCAGGUUCCUCAUUUAUUUUUGUCCCGAAAGAGGCUUUUGAUCAAAUUGUCGAAACCACCGGCGCUAAAAAUGAAGAUGGUUUAUAUAUUGUGGAGCGUCAGUAUUUGCCCAUUCUUCCGAGUAUUGCGCUGGAAAUUGACGGUACGCAAUGGAUUUUAUCUGGUGAGGAUUAUACUCUAGACUCAGAAGAUGGAAAAUGCUUCCUUGGAAUGCUACCAAUUACCGGUCAUCUUCCGAAUGGAAAGUCUUGGAUUUUCGGACACGUUUUUCUCAAGCAUAUCUACACCGUUUUCGACGCUGAUAAGUCCACACUGAGUUUUGCUUAUGCUAAAUACUUGAGCGAACAAUAA